AUGAAGUUCACUAACAUUGUCCUGGCUGCCAGCGCCGCAACUGUGGCCUGCGCAUACCCCCGAACAAGAGACGUUGUUCCUACCAGGCAGAGCGCUAAUAUCAAGAAGCGCGCCAAUGGAUUCACUUGGGUCGGCGUGAACGAGUCCGGUGCUGAAUUUGCCUCGGGCAGCAUCCCCGGUACUCUGAACACAGACUACACCUGGCCCAAGACUGAUCAGAUUCAGAUCCUGCGAGAUGCGGGCAUGAACAUCUUCCGUGUGCCCUUCUUGAUGGAGCGCCUGGUGCCAUCCAGCAUGACCGGCACCGCGGAUGCUACUUACCUGGCCGCUCUUAAGACUACUGUCCAGUUCAUUACCGACAGCGGUGCCUAUGCCAUCAUUGACCCCCACAACUACGGAAGAUACUCUGGCAAUAUCAUCACCUCGACCUCUGAUUUCGGCGCCUUCUGGAAGACCGUUGCUGCUGAGUUCGCCACUAACGAGAAGGUCAUCUUCGAUACCAACAACGAGUACCACGGCCUUGAUCAGACUCUCGUUCUGGACCUGAACCAGGCCGCUAUUAACGCUAUCCGUGCCGCUGGUGCCACCAGCCAGUACAUCUUCGUUGAAGGUAACGCAUGGAGCGGCGCCUAUUCCUGGGUCGCCACCAACGACAACCUGAAGGCCCUUACCGACUCCGCGGACAAGAUCGUCUACGAGAUGCACCAGUACCUGGACAGCGACAGCUCCGGUACCUCCGAGACCUGUGUCAGCACCACCAUCGGUAAGGAGCGUCUCGAGUCCGCCACCACCUGGUUGCAGGACAACAACAAGAAGGGCUUCAUCGGCGAGUUCGCCGGUGGCGUCAACAGCGACUGCGAGACUGCCGUCGAGGGCAUGCUCUCCUACAUGUCCGACAACAGCGACGUCUGGGUCGGCGCCUCGUGGUGGUCUGCCGGUCCCUGGUGGGGAUCUUACAUGUACAACUUGGAGCCCAGCAAUGGCCCUGCUUACGCGACUUACCUGCCCAUCCUCGAGAAGUACUUCGUGGACGGCACUGCCUCAGCCGUGACCUCCUCGUCUUCCUCUUCUUCAUCCACCUCCACCACCGCUGCCCAGACAUCCUCUACUAAGACCGCCGCUCAGACAUCCGCUACUACCACUGCGCAGACAUCUACAUCCACCAAGAACGCCGUUCAGACAUCCACCACCACCGCUGCCCAGACGUCCAGCACCACUACCGCUGCCGCCCAGGUCCCCACCUCGGUGACCUCGUCUUCCUCGACCACCACAGCUCCCGCAGCGUCAGCUCCCACGACCACCACCACGGUUGUCGUCCCGUCCACCCUCGUCACCCUCACCUCCACCGUGACCUCGACCACCACCGCCGCCACCUCCACCACGACCGCUACGGCAUAUGCUCAGGUACCUACCAGCGGCUCCUCUACUGUGAACAUUGCUAAGCACUAUUACCAGUGCGGUGGCAUCAACUGGACCGGCGCCACUGCUUGCGAGAGCGGCACCACUUGCGUCAAGCAGAACCCUUACUAUUCCCAGUGUCUUUAA